AUGAAGUCAAUAUCGAUGAUGGAGAGCAUCUACCGUAAUGCUGCAGCUGUAGUCUCGAUCGACCAGGAUCUGCUGUCUUUGUCGACCGAAACCUCAACCUGGCACGCGCUUGCCAUAAGAUUUUUGACUUGUGACUGGAACCGGCGCCUUUGGACAUUUCAAGAAGCUAUUCUAGUUAAACAGCUCUACGCUGCCUUCAAAGUUCGCACUAUUAAAGUGCAAGAUCUGAGUGAGUCACUGAAAGAUCAAUCAAACCUAGUUGAGACCUUGUUAUGGGAGCUACGUCGUCUCGGAUGUACCGAUUCAACGAAUUUCACGUUCAAGCUGAUGAUGCUCCAGGAUCGAUCAAGCAGUGUCCGGAGAGACGAAGCACUCGUAAUCGCAACAAUCGCAGGUUUAGACAUGAAUUAUGUCACACAAGACUAUCUAGAUACCUCCCUACAGGAUGAUGAGACCAUAAAGAGCAUAUGGCUCAUGAUUAGCAGGGUCCACCACAGCAUACUUUUCAACAGAGGUGACAAGCUUGCAUAUCCAGGAUUCAGAUUUGCUCCACGUUCGUUUAUGGUCCCGUGUAUCUGA